CCCCGGCCGGGGCUCCCUCCCCUCCAUUGUUCCCGGGAGCGGCGGCUCCGCGCCGGGGCUCCGCUUGUAGGGGCUGCCAGCCCUGCGGAGACCCCCCUGCUCCCCCCAGGGCCCCCAUGGAGGGGCAGUUGCAGAGCCCAGUCGCCGAGCAGUAGCUGCAGCAGUGGGAUGUGGACCUGGCGGUGCCUGAUCCUUUGGGCUGUGCUGGUCGCAGCCGCGCUCUCCGCUGCCCGGCCGGCCCCCACCCUGCCCGAGCAAGCUGUGCCCAAAGCCAAAAUGGAGGUGGAGUCGUACUCAGCCCACCCCGGCGAGCUGCUCCAGCUGCGCUGCCGGCUGCGGGACGACGUGCAGAGCAUCAACUGGGUGAGGGACGGCGUGCAGCUGGCCGAGGACAACCGCACGCGCAUCACCGGCGACGAGGUAGAAGUCAGGGACGUGGUGCCCGAGGACUCGGGGCUCUACGCCUGCAUGACCAACAGCCCCUCGGGGAGCGACACCACCUUCUUCUCCGUCAACGUCUCAGACGCCCUCCCCUCUGCAGAGGAUGAUGAUGAUGAAGAUGAUUCCUCGUCGGAGGAGAAGGAGGCUGACAACACCAAACCCAACCAGGCCAUUGCUCCCUACUGGACCUACCCUGAGAAGAUGGAGAAGAAGCUCCACGCUGUCCCUGCUGCCAAAACAGUGAAAUUCAAAUGUCCCUCCAGCGGGACCCCCAACCCCACCCUGCGCUGGCUGAAGAACGGCAAAGAGUUCAAACCUGACCAUCGCAUUGGGGGGUACAAGGUCCGCCAGGCCACCUGGAGCAUCAUCAUGGACUCGGUGGUGCCAUCUGAUAAGGGCAACUACACGUGCAUCGUGGAGAACAAGUAUGGCAGCAUCAACCACACCUACCAGCUGGACGUUGUGGAACGCUCCCCACACCGGCCCAUCCUGCAGGCAGGGCUCCCUGCCAACAAGACAGUGGCCCUGGGCAGCAACGUGGAGUUUGUGUGCAAGGUGUACAGCGACCCCCAGCCCCACAUCCAGUGGCUGAAGCACAUCGAGGUGAACGGCAGCAAGAUCGGGCCUGACAACCUGCCCUACGUGCAGAUCCUGAAGCACUCGGGGAUUAAUAGCUCAGAUGCGGAGGUGCUGACCCUGUACAAUGUGACAGAGGCCGAGAGCGGGGAGUAUGUUUGUAAGGUUUCCAAUUAUAUUGGAGAGGCCAACCAGUCUGCGUGGCUCACUGUCACCAGGCCCCUGGCCACAGCCAUUGAAGACACCCCAGCCAUGAUGACGUCCCCCUUCUACCUGGAGAUCAUCAUCUACUGCAUCGGGGCCUUCCUCAUCUCCUGCAUGGUGGUGACCAUCAUCAUCUACAAGCUGAAGAGCACCACCAAGAAGACAGAUUUCAACAGCCAGCUGGCCGUGCACAAGCUGGCCAAGAGCAUCCCCCUGCGCAGACAGGUGUCAGCAGACUCCAGCUCGUCCAUGAACUCGGGGGUGAUGCUGGUGAGGCCCUCCCGCCUCUCCUCCAGCGGCACCCCCAUGCUGGCCGGGGUCUCCGAGUACGAGCUGCCCGAGGAUCCACGCUGGGAGCUGCCCCGGGACAGGCUGAUCCUGGGCAAGCCCCUGGGAGAAGGCUGCUUCGGGCAGGUGGUGCUGGCAGAAGCCAUCGGCCUGGACAAGGACAAGCCCAACCGUGUGACCAAGGUGGCGGUGAAGAUGCUCAAGUCUGACGCCACAGAGAAGGACUUGUCUGACCUCAUCUCCGAGAUGGAGAUGAUGAAGAUGAUCGGCAAGCACAAGAACAUCAUCAACCUGCUGGGAGCCUGCACGCAGGACGGACCGCUCUAUGUGAUCGUGGAAUACGCCAGCAAGGGCAACCUCCGGGAGUACCUGCAGGCACGGCGGCCCCCGGGCAUGGAGUACUGCUACAACCCUGCCCGCGUGCCCGAGGAGCAGCUCUCCUUCAAGGACCUGGUCUCCUGUGCCUACCAGGUGGCACGGGGCAUGGAGUACCUGGCCUCCAAGAAGUGCAUCCACAGGGACCUGGCAGCCAGGAACGUGCUGGUCACAGAGGACAACGUGAUGAAGAUCGCCGACUUCGGGCUGGCCCGGGACAUCCACCACAUCGAUUACUACAAGAAGACCACAAAUGGUCGCCUGCCAGUGAAGUGGAUGGCUCCUGAGGCUCUCUUUGACAGAAUCUACACCCACCAGAGUGAUGUGUGGUCCUUUGGGGUGCUGCUGUGGGAGAUUUUCACGCUGGGUGGGUCCCCCUACCCCGGCGUGCCCGUUGAGGAGCUCUUCAAGCUGCUGAAGGAAGGUCACAGGAUGGACAAGCCCAGCAACUGCACCAACGAGCUGUACAUGAUGAUGAGGGAUUGCUGGCACGCCGUCCCCUCCCAGAGACCCACCUUCAAGCAGCUGGUGGAGGACCUGGACAGGAUCGUGGCCAUGACCUCCAACCAGGAGUACCUGGACCUGUCCCUGCCCCUGGACCAGUACUCCCCCGGCUUCCCGGCCACGCGCAGCUCCACGUGCUCCUCGGGAGAGGACUCGGUGUUCUCCCACGACCCGCUGCCCGACGAGCCCUGCCUGCCCAAGCUGCCCCCUCAGCACAGCAAUGGGGGACUGAAGCGACACUGAGCCUGGCACUGCCACGCCGUGCCCAUGGACGCUGCCUGCGCGGCCUGGCUGUGCCCAGCUGGUGCAGAAAGGGUUCAGAGACACCUGUAGCAUCUCACACAACCAAAAGCACCACCCAGCUCCUCCUGCCAGCUCUGCCCAGCCCAGAGGCUCCGGGGUUUCCGUGGCCUUUCCUCCUUUUGUUUUCAAACCUCUUUUCUGUCAUUCUGUGCUGGAGAGUUCCCACCUGGCUGAGCUGAGAUCCCCUCCCGUGGGCACUGCGUGGCCAAAGAGCCCAGCCAGGCAUCCUGGGGUGGCACAGCCUGCUGGGGCACAGGCUGGUGUGCCAGGGGGAGCUGGCAGCAGCACCAGGCUCCUGUGGCUGCACGGGGGGGGAGCCUCGGCGUGUCAGGGGCCUUACUGGUGUGCCAGGACCAUCAUCGGUGUGCCAGGACCAUCAUUGGUGUGCUGAGAGCCUCUCUGGUGUGUCAGGGGCCUUACUGGUGUGCCAGGACCAUCAUCGGUGUGCUGGGAGCCUCACUGGUAUGCUGGGAGCCUCACUGGUGUGCCAGGGGCCUCACUGGUGUGCCAGGGGUUUCACUGGUGUGCCAGGACCAUCAUUGGUGUGCUGAGAGCCUCACUGGUGUGCCAGGGGUUUCACUGGUGUGCCAGGGGCCUUACUGGUGUGCCAGGACCAUCACUGGUGUGCCAGGGGUUUCACUUGUGUGCCAGGAGUCUCACUGGUGUGCCAGGACCAUCAUUGGUGUGCUGAGAGCCUCACUGGUGUGCCAGGGGUUUCACUGGUGUGCUGAGAGCUUCACUGGUGUGCCAGGGGUUUCACUGGUGUGCCAGGAGUGUCACUGGUGUUUUGUAACCAUCACUGGUGUGCCAGGACCAUCACUAAGGUGCCAUGAGCCUCCCUGGUGUGCCAGGAGCUUCACUGGUGCGCUGGGACCCUCACUGGUGUGCCAGGACCCUCACCAAUGUGCCAGGAGCUUCACUGGUGUGCCAGGGGCCUCACUGGUGUGCCAGGAGCCUCAUUGGGGUGCCAGGACCCUCACCAAUGUGCCAGGAGCCUCACUGGCAUGCCGAGAGCCUCACUGGUGUGCCAGGACCAUCAUUGGUGUUCUGAGAUCCUCUCUGGUGUGCCAGGGGUUUCACUGGUGUGCUGGGAGUCUCACUGGUGUGCCAGGGGCCUCACUGGUGUGCUGAGAGCUUCACUGGUGUGCCAGGAGUGUCACUGGUGUGCCAGGGGUUUCACUGGUGUGCCAGGAGUGUCACUGGUGUUUUGUAACCAUCACUGGUGUGUCAUGAGCUUCACUGGUGUGCCAGGGGCCUCACUGGUGUUCUGAGAUCCUCUCUGGUGUGCCAGGAGUAUCACUGGUGUUCUGUGGCCCUGACUGGUGUGCCAGGACCAUCACUAAUGUGCCACGAGCCUCCCUGGUGUGCCAGGACUCUCACUGAUGUGCCAGGAGCUUCACUGGUGUGCCAGGACCAUCAGUAAUGUGCCAGGACCCUCCCUGGUGUUCUGUAACCAUCACUGGUGUGCCAGGAGCCCCAUAGGGAUUUUGUGCCCCUGCCUGGUGUGCCAGAAGCCUCACCAAUGUGCCAGGAGCCUCAUUGGUGUGCCAGGAGCUUCACUGGUGUGCCAGGAGCCUCACUGGUGUGCCAGGCACCCCACUGGUGUGCCAGGUGCCCCACUGGUGUUCCGUAACCAUCACUGGGUGUGCCAGGAGCCCCGUUGGUGUGCCAGGAGGAUCACUGGUGUGCCAGGAGCUUCACUGGUGUGCCAGGAGGAUCACUGGUGUGCCAGGUGCCCCACUGGUGUGCCAGGAGCCCCGUUGGUGUUCCGUAACCAUCACUGGGUGUGCCAGGCGCCCUCAGCAUGCCAGCACCCUCGUGGUGUGGCUCCCUCCGUGCCCAGGAUGCCCCCAGAGCAUCGCCCGUGGGCUCUGCUGAGCCAGGCCUGGCACUGCCAGGGCAGGAGGUGCCUGAACCCACCCGUGCUAAACCCAGAGUCCCGUGUACAUAACGAAAAAAAAAAAUAUGUAUAAAUAUGAAUAUAUAUUUACAUGUCUUUUUAAAAAGGGGUUGUUACCAGAGAUAUACCAGUUUGGUAGGAAGGUACUAGUGGCUGGUAGAUAUCAGUUGCUAUAUAUAUAUAUAUAUUAAAAAAAAAAAAAAAAAAGUCAUAUAUUUUGCUAUUUUUGCUGGUUUUAUUUUUUUAAAUUAUGUUCUAAACCUAUUUCAGUUUAGGUCCCCUCGAUAAGAAUUUGCUGCUGCUGCUUCAGUUUUAUAUGGGGUUGUAUUAAACAAUAAUAAUAAUAAUAAUUAAUAAUAAUAACGUGUCGAUGAUGCCUUUUGGGAAUCUGUUGUCAUUACGUGCCUGGGGGGGAAGCUCUGGGCAGUGCCCAGCUCGGUGCCAACCCCACCGUGCCCGGGCAUCCCCUGCCAGUGCCUUACCUGGGAGCAUCCUCACACCCUCAGCCCAGCUCUGUGCUCCCCCUGCAGUCCCGCGGACGGACGGACGGACGGACAGACAGACAGACAGACAGGGCACCCCCCACCCCCUGAAAUCCCUCCCCGCCGGGCCGCUGUUACUUGAAAAGUUUAUUUUGCCUUUGUACGGAGAAAUAUUAUUUGUUGUAAACUCUUUUUUUCUGUAAUGAGAUCCUGGAAUUCUUGUAAUUAUUAAAAGACUUUAACCACC